UUGCAAUACAUAACAUCUUAACAACUAAAAUGUUAGCGUAGUAAACUAGUUUGACCCGUUUUUCCGUUCCGUUUACAUGGGACAAGCGAAACCAACUCCAACUCCCAGAAUGCCCCGCCGCGAGUACAGUUGCAGUUCACAGUUCACAACAUUACAGUAAAAAUAGGAUAUUCGCUGCCUGCCGCUUAUGUGCUAAACGGCAAAACCCGGCAACUUGGCGACCGGAGAACGCGUCACUCGGUUCCCACCACACCGACAACCGGGCCGGGACCCCGAAAAAUGGGUCUGAGCUGAGCGGUGCACCCUUCCUUUCUUUCCUGUGUUGUCGUCGGAUUUACAAGCGACGGCUGGCUGGCUGGGUGCUAACGCUAGCACGCUAGCUCUCCGAGAAGAGCAGACACGGCAACAACGGCUGUCCGCCUGCCACCGUCCCCGGGCUGGUUCUCUCCGCCGCCGCCGCAGCAGCAGCCGCAGCAGCAGCAGCUAUGUUCGUGCAGGAGGAGAAGAUAUUCGCCGGCAAAGUGUUGAAAAUACACAUCUGCACGAUGGACGGCACAGAGUGGCUAGAGGAGGUCACGGAAGACACCACUGUUGAAAAACUGAAGGAGAGGUGCUUGAAACAUCAUGUUCAUGGAAAUCUAGAAGACCCCAAAACACUUACCCAUCAUAAACUUAUACACGCUGCUACAGAAAGAGUCCUCACCGACACCAAAACUAUUGCUGAUGAAAACCUUAAAGACAAAGAUGUUUUGCUGCUCAUAAAGAAAAGACCGCCGCCAACCCCUCCCAAGAUGGCAGAUGUUAGUUCAGAUGAAAAGAAGAAACAAGAUACCAAAGCUCCAGAUAAAGAUGCUAUCCUGAAAGCUACUGCCAGCCUGUCCACACGGCACACUGAGCGCACUGUUACCCAGCACAACAUCAGAGAUUUUCAAACGGAGCUUAGAAAAAUCCUGGUUUCUCUUAUUGAAGUUGCACAGAAGCUUCUUGCCUUGAACCCUGAUGCUGUUGAACUCUUCAAAAAGGCCAACGCGAUGUUAGAUGAAGAUGAGGAGGAUCGUGUGGAUGAAUCGGCCCUCCAGCAACUCACUGAGAUGGGUUUCCCUGAGAGCAGAGCCAUCAAAGCGCUUAGACUCUGCCACAUGUCGGUGACCCAGGCCAUGGAGUGGCUGAUCGAACACGUAGAUGAUCCCUCUGUGGAUGCACCACUACCGGGACAGGACUCCUCCGGGGCAUCAGGGGAUGCGGCAGCGACGACAACGGGGCCCCCAGCUUCAGCCUCCGCUUCAGCCAACAUUCUUUCCAACCUCUCAAGGCAAUCGAGCUCCGACGAGAGCAGCCGGCAGGACGAACUCACAGAGAUCUUCAAGAGAAUACGCAGGAAAAGGGAGUUCAGGCCAGACUCCAGGGCUGUGAUUGCAUUGAUGGAGAUGGGCUUUGAUGAAAAGGAAGUGAUUGAUGCUCUCAGAGUGAAUAAUAACCAACAAGAUGCAGCGUGCGAGUGGCUGCUGGGAGACAGGAAACCAUCUCCAGAAGAUCUAGAUAAAGGCAUCGAUACCAACAGCCCUCUGUUUCAAGCAAUUCUGGAAAACCCCGUGGUCCAGUUGGGUUUAACAAAUCCCAAGACUCUGCUAGCGUUUGAAGACAUGCUGGAGAAUCCUCUGAACAGCACCCAGUGGAUGAACGACCCCGAGACCGGCCCGGUCAUGCUCCAAAUAUCCAGAAUCUUCCAGACCCUUAAUCGCACAUAGAGCCUCCUGAUUACCCUUGUGUGAUUGUGGCAGCUUGUGUGUAUGUAUGAUCAUACCAGGAAAUGUGUGUAUGGAUGUGACACAAAUAGAGUUUACUGGGUUUUUUUUUUGUUUCUUUUUUUUUUUUGCCUUGUAAAGAAAUAGUCAGAGGAGUUAAACGUUUGAAUUAAAAUGUUACACUAUUUAUAACAAUACAGUAAAACGCCUGUACAAAACAAAGGUUAUUAUUAUUAUUAUUACAGUGAUAAUAUAAAUUGAGAUUUAAUAUGUUGUUUUUACAUAUUAAUAAGAACAAUUUACAGAUAUGACAGACAUGAUUUAUUUUAUAUCAUUUCUCCAUGUAAAGAAAUGACAUCAGGCAUCAAUUUAAUGUUUACACUUUAAAGAACAGUUUUUGUAUGAUUUGCAAUAUUUAAAUAUAACAGUCUUCUCUGUUUCUCUAAAAUGUUACAUUUCAUUAUUAACGAAUGUGUGGAGGAGUUCUGGUCCCGAUGAUGUUUGGGUUUCUACUUCUAACGUCAUCAGAAGAGCAGGUUGUUGUUCGAGUCAAGCGUUCGUGAAGCUCUUUGAAAACGAGCUUUCAGAUGCGGUUCUGCUCAGACGCUUACACAAUCAUCACUGGCAUGAAUGUCAGAAAAAUCUUGUGCUCUUCAUAAUUUCCUCAAUGGCUUUUAACAUAAAAAUGCAGUUAUUUAAAAAACUAUUUGAAUUAUUUGUUUAUCUUCUCUCAUCUAAAGAAGUUCCAAAUCAAAAUACAUGCAUUUCUUGUGGUGAAUGCAGGAAACAUUCACCACAUGUUUCCUGCAGCUAUAAAAGAAGCUUUUGGUGUAAGUCUGUGGAUUUUUAACCACAUUUCUUGUCAUAACUGGUUGAUUUUUUUUGUGUUCAUUUGGUUAAAUUGGAUUAGUUUGAAGACACAGCUCAGCUUUUUAAGUUUAAUUCACACAUUUUCACAAAGGGUUGUAGGACGUCCAAUAUGUAAUUUUGCGUUACCUGUUCCAAAACCAGUUUUAAAGUGUUCCAACUAUCUAGUUGUUGAAUUUAGAGUAAUUUAGUCAGACAGUGAGAUAGUCCCACAGCAUAAUGCAGCCACCACCAUUUUUGACAGUUGUUAGUGUUCUUUGGUUUGAAUUCCUUUAAACAUCUUUUUUUGUGGCCAAACAGCUGAGUCUUUGUAUUAUUUUACUUCACAGUGUUAAAUCAGGAGACAAUAUGCAGGCAGCUAAAAACGUGUUGAGUUUGGAGAAGGGAUUUCUUUCUUACUCCACACCAAAACUUCAUUUACUGAAGUCCGUAAACUGGUUUUUCAGCUGUUUCUUGUGGCUGUUUUGCUCCUGAUAAGGGAAUCCUGGUGGAUUCCUUUAUUUUAAUGGCAACAUUGUGGGUCACCUGGAUGCAACUUGGACACAAUUGGUUUUCCUAACAGGAUAAUGAUCCCAAACAUUCUAAAAAAGGUUUUAGGAAUAUAGUUAGCUGGCUAAAAUGAAGAUAAUUUCUAAAAACCCAUCCCUCAACUAUGAAUACAAUAUUUAUAGUUUCCUGGCUUUGCUUAAAAGCCAAAAAACAAACUAACUUUUAAUGAUUCAGAAGCUUGUUAAUGAUGACAAAAUAUUUACUGUUAGUUGAGAUUUGUUUAUAUGUUUCAAACUGUUUAGAUUACAGAAAAUAAACAAUAAAUUAAAACUUUUCCACAGUUGUUGGUUUUAUCUUCAUCCCUCUGUGGAAAAGGAACGACAAUCUUUAAAAGUCCAAUAUUAUUAAUGACAUUCAGGCCAGUGAUGAGUGCAUGUAAACUUCUGACUGGUACUGUGUUAUACAUUACCUCUCCUUUGACACCCGUAAAUCACUGUAAGUCGUAUACUUCUCACUUAUUAAGAGGAAAACUUCUGUCGUCUGCGAACAUAAAACUUUUUUUGCCUUUUCAGAGAGACCUCGUACUCUAAGUUGUGUUGGUCCUGAUUUUCCAACAGUAUGUUACAGUAGGCCUGUGUGUUUGUUGUCAAUGUGGACUUAAAUGUCACUAUAUCUGCGCUUCUUUAGCACUUGUUCACCUCUUGGAACACUGCUCACUGCGGCACAGACGAAGUCAAAUCAUGGAUUGUCUGGAGUCGGACAGUAAAUUAAGCUGAGCCUGAUCAAAAUGUGGGGUUGGGGUUUGCCUUUUAAACCUUUAAUUUGAAUCUUUGAAUGACAAUGCGUUUGAAUCACGCUGCUGGGGCACAAGCGUCUUUAUAAACACAGUUUUUGUCUCCAGUUUUCUUCAGAGAGCAAUGAACACUUCAUGCUAUUAACCAAACCAAAAUGUUCCUGUAUUUCAUGCCUUGUCCCUAGUUCUACCCAGUGAAGAGGGGAGAAAAUCUGUAUUUCUGUGCAAUAGUAAAAACUUAAAGAUAUGUAUCUGACAUGAGUAUUAGUGAUGUUUAAACUGAAAGAGUUAGUGUUUUACAACAUUAGCCUUUGCAUUGAGUACUCAAAAUAUCCAGUUAAAAGUUGGAGCUCUUUGCCUCUUGUAGUUCUACUAAAAAACAACAUGGAGGGCAGAGUUGAUUGUUUUAUUUUUUAUUUUUUUGCCAAGCUUUUGAGUGUUUUUAUUCUUUAUUUAAAAUGUAGUACUGAUGUGACUUUCUGCUCAGGGAGGCUUAGAUUGUUGUCAUGGCAAACCCCUGCUCAACCGAUGUUAGUUUGGCUUUAGCAAGUCUCUUCGGAGCGCAACAUCAAGACAUGCAAUAUUUAACAAAAAAAGAAGAUAUUUAAAUGUUUUUGGAGGGAAGUGUCUGUUUGAACUGUGUUUUAUUACAUUAUUUAUAUCAAAGCCAAACUCGUAACUUGGUCUUAUUUCUAACAGUUUUAGCAAACCUCGAAGCUGCACUUCAAAUGUGAAAAGAGAAAUGCUUCAAAGGUUGUUUUACGUCAUUUUAAAGAUGUUCCUAUUAUGAAAAUUGUUGGUGAAGGUGUGAUUUCAAGUGGUGUUUGAACAGGGUGGGUUGAUGUGUAGAGCUGCUGAGAACUGUACAUUGAGAGAUUCUGCUCUUACAGAAAACAUUAAACCAAAAAAAGAGAGAACAUUUCCAAACAUUCAUCUGGAAUUUAAAUUAACACAGCAAAACGUCUUUGAGGUUACCAGCUAUUUUUGCUCUGCUAUGUCAUGCAAAACUGACCCACAUCAACAACCUAUGCAAUCUAUUCAGUGUCUGUUCAUUCAAACAGCCACAAGGCUACUGACAUCUAAAUCACUCUCACAUUAAAGUUAAUUUGUUCUGUGGC